AUGUUCGCAUUGCUAUUGAUCUUGACGGGGUGCUGCCACCUGUGGAGCUGGACGGCUGAGAGUGCCGCCAUUAGUGGUCCAGUGCCAGUGCCAAUCCUCAAAUCUGUGGCCGAGCAGCAGAGCGAUGGCUCGUACUUCUUCAACUACCAGGCAGCCGAUGGCAGUUAUCGCGAGGAGGUUGGCAUUGUGAGGAGAUCCGAUUCGAAGGCAGAUGCUGAUGACGAUAAUGACGAGCUGGAGGUGUCCGGUAUUUAUCACUACAUCGACGACUAUGGACAGACGGUGGAAGUGAGCUACACGGCCGACAAGAAUGGCUUUUUGUCCCAUGUCAGGCGAAUUCCCAUAAAUAAAGCCAUCCAUUGA